UCUGUGCCACAUUUCAUAUAGAUCGGCGUUCAAAUUCGCCCACUAAGGUUUCGCUAGUCAGCGCUCCGGAUGAAACAGGUCCAUGAUGGUUAAUAUCACUAUCAGGGCGAGAAGAUGCCGUUGCGAUAGGCUGAAUACUCCGAACAAAACUUCGGGUUGCCUGAUGAUCUUUCAACGUAAGGAUAAAAACCUCACCGAUAAACAAAACUACUGGCAGUGCUUGUUCUUCCCCCCACUCGAUGUUGCAGUUUUCUAGCAGCCUCUUACCUCAGCUUCUAGUCGUCCUGACGCUCAGUCUUGCACGUGUGACCGCCCAAGGACUUUCAGUGACAGACUAUGCGCCCUCCACGGGGAUAACAUGUCCACAAACUUCUCUCCUCCGCGUUUUCUCUGCUCAAAACCAGAGCCUGAAUCCAAGCGAGAUCGACUACAUCCAAGGCCGAGAACGCGUGACACUAGACGCUUGGAAUACGUGGAUAGGCAAUGGCUCCAAUCUGGGAUAUAAUCUGUCUUUGUCUGCAGACAGCGCUCCCAGGGUCGGUAUAGCACUGAGUGGGGGAGGAUUUCGCGCAAGCUUGUAUGGCGCCGGCGUCCUUAAUUCUUUGGACGCGCGCAACGUCUCCGCGAAACAAGCGGGAACGGGAGGCCUACUCCAGGUUGCAUCAUACAUAGCCGGGUUGUCAGGUGGAUCUUGGCUCACAUCUUCACUAUACUCGAACGAUUUCCCCACUAUGCAGGAUAUGGUUUUCGGGAACGGAGACGAACUGGCAGGGUGGCUUCUCGAUUUAGACCUUUUCCUCCCUGACGGCAAGAAUAUAUUUAACGACGAUAAUCAAGCAUAUUACGGUAGUAUUAUGUAUAGCGUCAUCGCGAAAGCCAGUAAGGGGAUCGACACUAGCUUAACGGAUCCUUGGUCUCGCGCACUGUCGUACCAUUUCUUAAAUCAAACCAAUAGGGAAAACUUCUUUACGAACGAUUCUGCUCAUGGAGCCGGACAACUCUGGUCUGAUAUACCUACAUCUCAGGUGUACCAGCAGCAGAGUGUUCCAUUUCCUAUCAUUCUAGCAAACUCCCGGCCAAAUGGAUCGAAUUAUACUGGCGUCUUGCCACCCGAAGCCGCAGUCUUCGAGUUCUCUCCGCUGGAGCUGGCUUCGUUUGACCCAAGUCUUUCCGCCGCCAUAGAUCUCAAAUUCGCCGGGUCCAAUCUGACUAAUGGAAAGCCUGUGAAUGAUCAGGCCUGUCUCGAAGGUCUUGAUGAAACUGGGUUUGUGAUGGGAACUAGUUCGAGUCUGUUCAAUCAAAUCCUCGACGAGCGUAGGGAGCAAUUGAUGAACAGCGAGUAUUUUGAGGUUGUGACACAUCUAUUGGCGCGGCUAUUAGAGGAUGUUCGAACCCAAGAUGAUGACGUCGCGAACUGGCCCAACUCUUUUAGGAAUGUUGCGCCCUCUACAUUCGUGGAUACAAACAGCGACUGGCUGGAGCUCAUCGACGGAGGAUCCAACGGCGAGGUCGUGCCUUUCGGUCCUUUACUAGUCAAGGCUAGAGGCCUUGACGUCAUCGUAGGCGUAGAUUCGAACGCCAAUGACGAUAAUAACUGGCCAAGUGGCGAAAGUGCUAUCUUCACGGCGAACAGAACGUCGAAACUGCUCAAUGACACGCAUCAACAAUUUCCUCCGAUACCUUCCACCGUUCAGGCAUUCAUCGAUGCGGGUGCCAAUCAAAGACCCACUUUCUUCGGUUGCGAUCCACAGCAAUCACCUCCAGAAUAUCCGCUCGUCGUCUACUUACCAAAUUCUCCGCCUUUGACAGGGGAUAAUCCGGUCACUAACACCGACACCUUCAAAUUAUCUUACACGCAGAAACAUAGCCAGCUUUUCAUCGAGCAGGUCUUCUCCAACACCAUUGGAGGGUUUGUACCCAGCUCCAACUCGCCUGAUUCCAACUUUGGGGAAUGCCUACAAUGCGCAGCUAUUGACCGAGCACGGCUAAAGUCAACGCCUUCAAUAUCGCGAUCAGACGUGUGUUCGAAGUGUUUCAAACAAUACUGCUUCGACCCGACGAACCCGCCAACAAAGUCGGAAUUGUCCAACAGAAAAUAUGUAUUCGUUGAUCCAGAUUCGCAGAGCUAUUUCCAACGGCAUAAAGCAGCCAUUAUUGGAGGCAUAGUUGGUGGUGUCGUGGCAUUGAUUGUGCUCGUUGCUGGCAUAAUUUAUCUGUAUCGAAGGAAGAAGCAAACUAAAAAGCCCGUACAGUACCACACAUUGACUAAGUCGGCAUCGCAAACAUCCGACUAGCAAGCAUUUUAACGUACGUAUUAAUAGUCCUAACUCGUCGCAAGCUAGUA